GAAGUGCGGACCGCGGCGGCGGCGGCGGCGGCGGCGGCGGCGCGGCGGCGGCGGAGCCCGGAGCGGAGGCCGGAGGCUCCCGGCCCGCCGGCCCCGGAACGGAGCGGAGCGGAGGAUGCAGCAGCCGCAGCCGCAGGGGCAGCAGCAGCCGGGGCCGGGGCAGCAGCUGGGGGGCCAGGGGGCGGCGCCGGGGGCCGGGGGCGGCCCAGGCGGGGGCUCGGGGCCGGGGCCCUGCCUGAGGCGGGAGCUGAAGCUGCUCGAGUCCAUCUUCCACCGCGGCCACGAGCGCUUCCGCAUUGCCAGCGCCUGCCUGGACGAGCUGAGCUGCGAGUUCCUGCUGGCUGGGGCUGGAGGGGCCGGGGCGGGGGCCGCGCCUGGACCGCAUCUCCCCGCACGGGGGUCGGUGCCUGGGGAUCCCGUCCGCAUCCACUGCAACAUCACGGAGUCAUACCCUGCUGUGCCCCCAAUCUGGUCGGUGGAGUCUGAUGACCCUAACUUGGCUGCUGUGUUGGAGAGGCUGGUGGACAUAAAGAAAGGGAAUACUCUGCUACUGCAGCAUCUGAAGAGGAUCAUCUCCGACCUAUGUAAACUCUAUAACCUGCCUCAGCAUCCAGAUGUGGAGAUGCUGGAUCAGCCCUUGCCAGCAGAGCAGUGCACACAGGAAGAUGUGUCUUCAGAAGAUGAAGAUGAAGAGAUGCCCGAGGACACAGAAGACCUAGAUCACUAUGAAAUGAAAGAGGAAGAACCAGCUGAGGGUAAGAAAUCUGAAGAUGAUGGCAUCGGAAAAGAAAACUUGGCCAUACUAGAGAAAAUUAAAAAGAACCAGAGGCAAGAUUACUUAAAUGGGGCAGUGUCUGGCUCGGUGCAGGCCACUGACCGGCUGAUGAAGGAGCUCAGGGAUAUAUACCGAUCACAGAGUUUCAAAGGUGGAAACUAUGCAGUCGAACUGGUGAAUGACAGUCUGUAUGAUUGGAACGUCAAACUCCUCAAAGUUGACCAGGACAGCGCUUUGCACAACGAUCUCCAGAUCCUCAAAGAGAAAGAAGGCGCGGACUUCAUCCUACUUAACUUCUCCUUUAAAGAUAACUUUCCCUUUGACCCACCAUUUGUCAGGGUUGUGUCUCCAGUCCUCUCUGGAGGGUAUGUUCUGGGCGGAGGUGCCAUCUGCAUGGAACUUCUCACCAAACAGGGCUGGAGCAGUGCCUACUCCAUAGAGUCCGUGAUCAUGCAGAUCAGUGCCACGCUGGUGAAGGGGAAAGCACGAGUGCAGUUUGGAGCCAACAAAUCUCAAUACAGUCUGACAAGAGCACAGCAGUCCUACAAGUCCUUGGUGCAGAUCCACGAAAAAAACGGUGAGACUGGAGCCAAGAUUCAAGAUUUGGACACUUGGAAGGCCUGAGGAUGGUACACACCCCCAAAGGAAGACGGCUAACCCCGGAGCGUCGCCCCUCCCUCCUUCCCCAGGCACCACUGGACCAAUUACCUUUGAAUGCUGUAUUUGGAUCUUACGCUGCCUCUGUGGUUCCCUCCCUUGUUUUUCCUGGACGUAAUAGCUCUGCCUAUUGCAGGACAAUGAUGGCUAUUCUAAACGCUAUGGAAAAAAACACAAACACAGAACUGUUUCAAGUACUCAAGACUGACUUACAGACCAACCAACCACCUGGCUGGAACCCUUGCUAGCAGGCGUUCUUAUAAAAGAAACUUUCGAGCCUCCUUAUAUUGCUGGAAACUCAGCUGUGCUCCAGACUAGAGCCUCCUUACCUAUGCUAUGGAUUUUUAAUUUAUUUUCUCUUAUUUCAUGUACACUGCUUUUUUUGGUUACAGUGUAUGAUGGAUGUGUAUGGAAAAAUGUAUCUUUGGGAAAACAAUUACAGUUUGUUAAUUUGAA